AUGGUCGUUAGCAACGACAGUUCUUCGUCAGGCGAGGAGCGCGAAGCUCUCGAGGUGAUGCCGGCUCCAGAGGUGACACCUACGCCUACACCAGUAACUCCACUCCCCCCUCCUGCGUCUAUGGAAACUAUCCUGGCACGCCUCGCCCUACAAGAAGCGGCGCAGAAGGCGGUAGUUGACCAAAUCACGGCGAUAGCAAAGAUCCUUGCUCCUAUCGCUGCAAACGCCGAAGCUUCAACGGCGCAGUAUCGUCGACACCUGUUCGCCACAGAACGAACCACCAACGUAGCACCUACGCUGGAUAACGAUAACCAAAGUGCCGGUAACGACAUCAACGCGCACACCGCAAGCGAACUAGCUGCGUUGAAACAGUCGGUCCUCGACAUCAAUUCGAAGAUCCACCAGGUGACGACGUCCGUGCCCCAAAUCGAGCAUGUACUCGCGGAAUCUCUUCGUACACCCUUCACGCAAAAGGUUACCGGCGUGCGGCUCCAGAAGAUGGAGAAACUCCGUCUUCCAACCUUCAAAGGUCUCUCUGACCCUUAUACUCACGUCACGUCUUUCAACAUAGCGAUGCGACGCGCAAACCUGACCGACGAAGACAAAGACGCCGGCUUUUGCCAACUCUUCGUCGAAACCCUAGAAGGACCGGCCCUUACUUGGUUCACCGGCCUCAGAGAAAACUCCGUCGACUGUUUCCACGACCUCUCAACGGCUUUCCUUAAGAAUUAUAUCAUGUUCACCAACCAGGAAGCGACCGUGUCAGAUUUGUGGAACCUCACUCACGCCAGCGUCCAAAGCCUCCGCGACUUCAUGCAGAAGUUCAAAGCUAUUGUCUCGAAGAUUGAUAUUCCCGACCAUAUCGCCGUCGAAUCUUUGAUGAACACCUUGCACGUCGACUCUACAUUCCGUCAGAAUCUCUACCGAUACCCGACAAAAUCUGUCUCCGACGCCAUCGCUCGCUCGCACAACUUUAUCCGUAUGGAAGAAGACACAAGAGCAAAGUUCGCAAAAGAAGCAGCAGCGAAACAGCGACCCGCCCGAACAAACGACACCCGCCCCGAGCCCCGCCAGCACUCCUCCGGUGGAAAUACCACUCAGAAGCGAGGCUACGUUAGCUCGGUCGGUGAUGAGGAAUCUCCAAAAUCAGCAGCCAUCACGCGAGAGAAAGGCUGGAACCACUGGGAUCGAGACUCCGCUCCGAAGCAGUCAAGCUCAUCCGAACCAGCGAGUUCAAACUCCGAGGAGCCAAAAAAAUGGUGCCUUUACCACAAAAGGGAUUCCCAUGAUACGAAGGAAUGCAAGGUCCUCAUCGGGCAGUUUUUUGACCGGAUCACUAAUGGGACAAUCCAAAUGCCCACCUCUCCUACGACACCGAAAAACACCAAAAGCUGGAGUAAGAACAAGGAGAAGAAGGCACAGAAGUCUCAAAAGAACACGGCCCCGAGCGAGGAAAGAGCAAGCCCUGAACGCACUCCCGUCAACAACAUCGGCCCCGCCAACGAUUCGUCAGAAGACGAACACCCGCGUCACCGGCGACGAGUGGAAGUCAUACUCUCUCGCCCUUGUGACUCCUCUGAUGAUGACGUCCCGACAGUGCAACCAGAUCUGCGCGAUAAAUUGGACAGGAAGGAUAAGCAGUCUCUCACUCCCUCGACAACAGAAAAAGACCUGCGCAUUCUAUUGAAGCGAAGGAGCACCACGAACGAAAACACAGGAACCGCCGACCUCCGUACGACCAACUCAAAAUGCAACGCCCGGAGAGUCGGUCAAAUUGGCGACCUUCGUAACCAGCUCAAUUCGAAGGCCGACGACCUGCGAAUCCAACUCAACCAAACUCGAAUCAAUGCGAGCAACCCGAGCCCCGCACAUUAG